AUGAUUGAAGCAGACGAGGCUCGAUCAUUGGACGGGGUGUUUGGUCAGACUCCGUUAUGUGUUCUAUCCGAAAACAAGUGGUACCUUUGUCCUGAAAUUCCAAUCAUCCAGGAUGUGAGAAGAGGCGGAUUCCUUGUAUGGUUGAGCGUGCAUCGGUUCGUUUACUUCAAACAGACAGAGCUGUAUAACUACUACUCCUUGUGUAAAGAGUUCCUGCAGUUUUCGUCAUGCCAAGCUAAAGAGGUGCUGAAGUGGACAUCUGCAGACCAGUGGCUGCUGAAGAGAUGCCUGGGCAGUGUGAGAGGGAUGAGACGCUUCUGUUCUUUUGUCAAAGGCACUCGUGGAGAGGAGUUGGUGACGUUCUUUGUGAAAGUGGAGCGUCUCCUGCAGAUACACUGGCAGCAGGAUGGGAGCCAGAGGAACCGCUACCAGGCCCUGCUUACUGUCAUCAAAGCUGUCCACCUCACUGAGGGCUCCAGCAUCAUGACCACCUGUCGCAUCUCCUCAGGGCUUAGCCUACUGUUUAUGUACAGUUGA